AUGGAGCAGAAGAGUUUACAAGUUUCCAUUGACAGUGAAAACCUCGAAAUCUUGAAAAGCUAUGAAUCUCUGUUCAAAGAUGUUAUGGAAAAGAAGUUUAAAUGUACCUCUAACCUGGAGAGUCCUAUGGAUUCUGCCAAGGUCUUCAAAAUGAUGCUGUCUUCCCAGAUAGAGUUGUCUGUCUGGAAAGAUGAUCUCACCAGACAUACUGCUGAUGCUGUGGUUAAUGCUGCCAAUGAACAGCUUGCUCAUAUAGGAGGCCUUGCCUUGGCCCUGGUGAGAGCAGGAGGGCCUCUUAUUGAAAAGGAGAGUAGAGACAUAAUCAUGCGUCAAUGGAAAGUGCCAACUAGUGAAAUAGCUAUAACAACAGGAGGCCUGCUUCCAUGUUCAUGCAUUAUCCAUGCUGUUGGACCACAGUGGAGUGAAAGGAAGGCACAACAAUGUUGUCAGGAACUUGAAAGAGCCAUUGCAAAUAUUCUGCACUAUGUAACCAAUGAUUCUCGUGGCAUAAAGACGGUGGCAAUUCCUGCACUGAGUUCUGGGAUUUUUGGCUUCCCUCUGGAUCUGUGUGUGGAAAUCAUUAUAAACACCAUUGUAAGAUUUCCUUUUCUUCAAAGCAACAAAGUCUUAAAAGAAAUCCACCUAGUGAGCAAUGAGGAACCUACUGUGGCUGCAUUUAAAAGAUACUGUGAAAAUCUGCCAUAUCAAAAUCUAUCAAUACUCCCACCUUUCAUUUCCAUUGCCUUCAACAACAUAAAUCUCCAGAUUAUAGAGGGAUUCAUUGAGAAGCAGCAGGUGGACGUAAUUGUGAAUUCCGUAUCGGCUACAAAUUCUUUUGAAAUGGGAAACGUGUCAAAUGCAAUUCUUAGCCACGCAGGCACUGAAAUCGAGAAAGAAUUUUUUAAAACAUAUGAAAUGUCUAAAGGUUCUAAGUUGGUAGUAGUCACAAAAGGAUUCAAUUUAGCCUGUAAAUAUGUGUACCAUGUAGUAUGGCCUUCCAAUCAUCAUACAAAGAAGACGCUGAGAGAGGCAGUGAAGCGGUGUUUGGAAAAAUCCUGUCAGGAAAAUAUGAAUUCGAUAUCCUUCCCUGCUCUUGGAACUGGGAAUAUUGGCCUCCCAAAAGAAGAAGCAAUUCCUAUUAUGUUAAAGGAAAUUUUCCAGUUUUCCAAGAACCACCCCCAAAAAAAACUUCUUGUGAAUUUUGUUGUCUAUCCAAAUGACUACGAACUGUAUCAGGUUAUCAAAAGUGAGUUGGACAAAAUGAUGACUCAGCAGAUGGGACAGAUGGCAACCAGCAUAAAUAAAAAAAAUAAAAAAAGUGUUCCACACAUCUCCAGAGAAUGGCAAAAAGAAGCUGACCUUGAAAAAGCCAGAUCACCUUCUAUCCAUCUCAAAGGGAACAAGGAAGAACACCUGGAUGCUGCUAAAAAGUGGGUCCACAAGCUGUUGCAGGCCCAGGAGUGCCGGGUGAUUGAAAACAAUCACAUCUUCUACUUUGGCAAAGAGGAGCAUGACCUGUUGACUCAUUUAAAGAACAAGUUUGAGGUCUCCAUUAGAGAGGAUAUCAGGCCUGGGAAGGCAACAUUAGAGAUUACAGGAAGACUGAAGAAUAUCAUUCCUAUGAUGCUGAAUAUUGAAAUUCUGCUGUGGCGUGUGCAGAUGGAUUGGUUCGAUAAAAUCCUCAAGUGGCUAAUAAGUCUAAAUUAUUCAUCCUCUAUCAAGCCACAAGAAGGAAAUGUGCAUAUGUCAGACUUUUUGAAGGAAGAGAUGCUCCAGAAAAAAAAGAAAGUAUUUGAAAAAGCUGGUUUGGAAGUGCAAAAGGUUAAGUCAAUCAGCAAUCUUAUUCUUGAGGCUACCUAUAAAGAUAGGAAGAAGAUGAUUCAAAGUAGAAGAGGAAAUGGGAACGUGAGCCUCACACUAUACCAGGAAGUUCCGUAUCAAUUCUGCAAACUCAUAAAGAGAAUUGGCUUUCAGAGCAUAUACUCCAUGCCUCCUGAUGCCCACUAUGGAGAUGGCAUCUACUUCAACAAGAGCCUGGGAAACUUGGUAGACAAUAUCAGGAGGACCCCUGACUCUGACUGCUUGAUUUACAUAUUCGAGGCUGAAGUGGCUGUAGGUGCCUAUUGUAGAGGCAAUGCAGCCUACAUUUCUCCUCCUCCACUGGGUACAAGAACCAUGGAUGCCUAUGACAGUGUUGUUGACGAUGUCAAUAAUCCAGAGACUUUUGUCAUUUUUGAUAGCACACAGGCUCUGCCACAGUUUUUGUAUACCUGUGUGUUGAAAAAGAGUAAUUCCUCCCAAAUAGACACUCAGAAUAAGUCAUCAAAGGGCAGCUCUGUCUAAAGUCAUGCCAUAAGUUUCCCCAAAUAAUGAUAUAGUUAUGUAGAAAAGUCUCCCAAGCAACUUGCCUAAAAGAUAAAUAAGGCAAGACAGGAAAACUGACUUACUAUGUACUAGUGCCU